AUGCUGGCAUCACGAGUACGACCAGCUGCCACGCAGUUUGGCAAAUUCAUCGUCCCUCUACGAGCACAAUACUCCAGCGCAGCACCGCAGAGCUAUGAGCACAUCAAAGUAUCGACGCCUCGACCGGGCGUUGGGUUGGUCGAACUAAACCGCCCCAAAGCCCUCAACGCCCUCUUCACCCCGCUCAUCCUCGAACUCAACACCGCCAUGAAAGCCUUCGACCACGACCCCUCCAUCGGCGCCCUAGUCCUCACCGGCUCGCACAAAGCCUUCGCCGCCGGCGCCGACAUCAAAGAGAUGAGCACCAAAGACUUCGCGGAUGCGUACGGGGCGGAUUUCAUAGAAUCCUGGUCGGAGCUGCCCAACACGAUCAAGAAGCCCGUCAUCAGCGCUGUCAACGGUCAUGCUCUGGGAGGUGGGUGCGAGUUGGCGAUGAUGUGCGAUGUGUUGUACUGCAGUGAGAAGGCGAACUUUGGACAGCCGGAGAUUAAGCUGGGGGUUAUUCCUGGCGCGGGUGGGAGUCAGAGGUUGACGAGGGCGAUUGGGAAGAGUCGGGCGAUGGAGCUGAUUUUGACGGGGAAGAAUUUCAGUGGACGGGAGGCGUUUGAUUGGGGUCUUGCGGCGAGGGUGUUUGAGACGCCGGAGCAGUGCGUUGAUGGCGCGCUGGAUACGGCUGAGCAGAUCGCUAGCUACUCGAGGAUUGCUGUGAAGGCGGGCAAAGAGGUGGUUAAUAAGAGCCAGGAUCUCGGGAUAAGAGAAGGUGUGGAGUUUGAGAGGAGGCUGUUCCACGGCCUCUUUGGGAGUGAGGACCAGAAGAUUGGCAUGCAGGCGUUUGCCGAGAAGAAGAAGGCGGAGUGGAAGCACAGGUAA